AUGGUGGAAAUUACCGACUUGAGUGAUGCUACUGUACACAAACGGCACGUGGACGAAAUCCAAUUCAAGUCAUCUACGGAGCAGCAGCAUCAAGAAACAAGCGAGGAAGACAAUCAGGUUCAAACCCCGGCAGAACACCAGACGGAGCCGCGGCAAUUAGAUCCGCAAACACAACCAACAGAAACGCAAAGGCAUCAUCAGGAACAUGCGGAGCCAACGACCACAUUACGCAGGUCCCGUCGUCAGGCGAGCCAGAUUGACGAGGCUCUCUUGAAGGAAUGA